AUGGAGGAGAAGAACUCCAUUAUAACGAAAAGCAUCAAUGUCACCAUCCGGAGUUCAAGGUAAUUUUCCUUCACUACGCACUUGCAAUUAUCUUGUUUUAAUAUAUCACAGUUAAACAAGUGUGUAAGCUGAGGAAAUUGAAUUGCUCACCGGUGAGCAAUUCAUUUGCCUCAGAUCACGAUCCGGAUCUUUCACUUUUGCUAACCUCAAGUGUGUAAGCGUAUAUCAGUGUGAAUUCCGCGUAACUCCCACCGCGCACGCUUUUACAAAACAUGAAAAAAGUUGUGAUCUUCCAGGUGUUAUGGUCCUUGAAAAAUUCAUUCUUCUCCCCGUGGUAGUAUUGUAUUUUGUUAUGUAACCGACAGUAGUAACAAGAUAACAAAACGAAUUUUUUAAAUAAUAUUUCAUUAGCCCGGGCGUUACUGGAUCCAUCUACUCUUCUCCUUCCAUCGCGGGUGGACAGCCCGCCAUCGCGGGCGCACCUGCUGGAGGCGGUGCCAGCACCCCGAAGUUGAUUUCCGUCAAAGCUCGCCAAAUAUUUGAUAGUCGAGGAAAUCCGACGGUUGAAGUUGAUGUCGUCACCGGAAAGGGUAUAUUUACCCAAUGACUUGUUUUCGGAUUAUCGCCAAAACUGCUUUAAAACUAAUUACUUUCUUCUCUAGGAACUUUCCGUGCGGGCGUCCCUAGUGGAGCUUCUACCGGCAUUCAUGAGGCACUUGAGUUAAGAGAUCAAAUCAAAUCUGACUACAUGGGCUUGGGCGUUUUAAAGGCGGUUGACAAUGUGAACAAGAUAAUCGCUCCUGCUCUCCUCAAAAAACAGUUUCACCCCAGUAAUCAAGAGGAGAUUGACAUGUUUAUGGUUAACGAACUGGAUGGAACUGAAAACAAAAGUAAGUUUUAUUACCAUCUACUUAAAGCACACGAACAUGAAAUAAUGGCCUAACGUUUGUUUUCAGGUAAACUUGGAGCCAAUGCUAUUCUUGGAGUAUCCCUGGCUAUGUGCAAAGCUGGUGCGGCUGAGAAGGUAAAUUGGGCUUCUAAAUAAGUUAACCGAUUAAAGGGAGUUCCACUUUAUCGACACAUCGCCGACCUUGCUGGAAACAAGGAUGUCAUUCUACCUGUGCCCGCAUUUAAUGUGCUGAACGGUGGCAGUCAUGCUGGAAACAAGCUUGCUUUCCAGGAAUUCAUGAUUCUGCCUGUUGGAGCAAAAUCCUUCACAGAAGCAAUGAAAAUUGGUUCUGAAGUUUAUCAUAACCUCAAAUCAGUCAUCAAGGCUAAGUAUGGUCUUGAUGCCUGCAACGUGGGUGACGAAGGAGGUUUUGCCCCAAACAUUCAGGAUAAUUUUGAAGGUAACUAUUUUUGACUACUAACACUUACUAUGUUUCAUGUAACUUGACCUAACAAUUAAAUUUCAGGCUUGGAAUUACUAAACGAAGCUAUAGCCAAGGCUGGCUACACCGGCAAGGUAAAGAUUGGUAUGGAUGCAGCCGCCUCUGAAUUCUACAAGGAGAAUCUAUAUGACCUUGACUUCAAGAACCCCAACUCUCCUAAAGAUCAGUGGAUAUCUUCCGAGAAACUUGGCGAAGUUUUCAAGGAGAUGAUUUCCAAGUACCCGAUCGUUAGUAUUGAAGAUCCUUUUGAGCAAGAUGACUGGGACUCCUGGACUCCGUUUACAGCCAGCGCUGGCAUACAGGCAAGUAGCUGUUAAUCGACUAGUACAGAAAAUUAGUACUAUUUGCCACCUUAAUCUACUCUAAUAUUUGACGACUUUAGAUUGUGGGUGACGACUUAACGGUUACGAACCCAAAACGUGUACAGAAGGCAAUUGAUAGCAAGGCUUGCAACGCCCUACUCAUGAAAGUAAACCAGAUCGGAACGAUCACUGAAUCGAUAAAAGCGUGCAACAUGGCGAAAGGAGCUGGCUGGGGUGUCAUGGUUUCCCAUCGCUCCGGAGAAACUGAGGACUGUACUAUUGCAGACUUGGUUGUGGGUCUGCGGACAGGACAGAUCAAGACUGGUGCUCCUUGUAGAUCUGAAAGACUUGCGAAAUACAACCAAAUGCUUCGAAUCGAAGAGGAACUGGGCGCUGCGGCGCAGUACGCUGGUGAAAGAUUUAGGAACCCCUAA